GACGUUUAUCGAUCCGAGCGAUGGAUAAUGUCGAAUCAGUGGAAGAGGAAUCUGAUGUGAGAUACAGCGUACAGAGUAGAAAUGGAAUGGUUUAACGAAGGCAAGACAGGCAGUAAAUUGAAUCGUCAUGGCAGAAGCAAAUUAGAUAUUCCAACAUAAGUCCAAAUUAAGCUUCUGCUAAUCUGCCCUGCCCUUCUACCUACCUUUCUUCAUUUCGUUCCCUCCCACUCCCAGUCCAGUCCCUGCCUCUGUUCUUCCAAUCUCCACGCGUUACCUCGACGGAGUGAGCGGAAGGCAGAACCUUACCUAGGUUCAAACAUGAAAAACACUUCUCGGGCUCAGUUAACCUGGCGGGAAAUUCCGGGUCUGGACCAGAACAAUUCUAUCGAGCCCUCUCAAUGCCGGAGUGGAUGGCUCAGUGUCGGUGGUGACGGGAGAAGGUCCAAUUUUGCGUGUAUUUCGCUUGCAGAAAAGACAGAUGAAAAAGAGUUCUGGCCUAAAUCCGCCCAGCUUCUGAAGCAUCCUUUGGCUAUGGUCGCAUUGGUCCCCAAAGAUGCUGCGCUUUUCGCCGCCGGGGCCAUUGCUGGCGCCGCCGCGAAAACCGUCACCGCGCCGCUGGACAGAAUUAAACUCCUUAUGCAGACGCAUGGACUAAGAGCUGGACAAGAAGGUGCAAAGAAGGGGAUAGGCUUCAUUGAGGCAAUAACAUUGAUUGGAAAGGAAGAAGGAAUAAAAGGAUACUGGAAAGGGAACCUACCCCAGGUGAUACGGAUCAUACCUUACAGUGCAGUACAGCUUUUUGCCUAUGAAACGUACAAGAAACUUUUUCGAGGGAAGGAUGGAGAACUCUCUGUUCUUGGAAGAUUAGCAGCCGGUGCUUGUGCUGGCAUGACUUCAACCUUUGUUACCUACCCACUAGAUGUCCUCAGGUUGAGGUUAGCCGUUGAACCUGGAUACAAAACAAUGUCACAGGUUGCGUUGAACAUGUUGAAAGAAGAAGGAUUCGCAUCAUUUUAUAAUGGUCUAGGACCUUCUCUUAUUGGGAUUGCACCUUAUAUUGCAGUCAAUUUUUGCGUGUUUGACUUGGUGAAGAAGGCUCUGCCGGAGAAAUACCAGAAGAGGACGGAAACAUCCCUGGUAACGGCACUGGUGUCUGCUACUGUUGCCACAGUCUUGUGUUACCCUUUGGACACAAUCAGGCGGCAAAUGCAGAUGAGGGGUAGUCCUUAUGCAACAGUUUUGGAUGCCUUUCCAGGAAUUGUGGCGCGAGAUGGUUGGCAGGGGCUUUACAGGGGUUUUGUGCCAAAUGCAUUAAAGACCUUGCCCAACAGCAGCAUAAGGCUUACAACAUUUGAUGCAGUGAAGCGCCUGAUUGCAGCAGCCGACACAGAAUUUCAGCGCAUAACAGAGGAAAAUCGCAAGAAAAAGGAUCUAAAUACGAGUGACAAUGGCAAUGGCAGCAGCAACAACAAUUAGCCUUUUGUUGUGGAAAGCAUAUUUUGGUGAAAACUAGAGAUUCGAGAUUAUCAUUAUUAUUAUUAUUAUAUGUGGCCACCCCACUCCACCCAUUAUUAUUGCUCGGUUUUUUUUUGGUAAUUUGGAUACCCAAAUGGAUAGUGUGUAAUCUCAAUUGGCAGGGACCUUAUAAUUUGAUGGUGAAUUUUCAA